AUGACUCUUGAUCUAUUUCAAAAUGUGUUCGAGGUGUCAGAUAUACUAGUUCCUUUAAAGGGAGCUGUCCGAGCUACGAAACUGAUCCUCGAUGCCCGCCAAGCUGAUGACAACAAUACAAAAGCUUGGGGCGACCUAAGGCAGCGUUUGGAUGACUAUAUGGCUGCUACCAAGAAGGAAGUCGACCUUUUUGAAAAGUACUCCCCAGAGGAAAGGCGGAGAGAUGAAUCAUUCAUCCAACCACUAUUCGAGCAUGCAGGAUAUCUCAAACACAUGCGCGAUACACUCGCCAAGAUGAUGGAGAAGCCCAGCAGUAGCAGAAUGAACGUCUUUCAAGCAUCAAGAAUAUCUAAGAAGGAUGCGAAACUAGUUCGUCAACUGGAUCUUGAGAUCGAGGAGAGACACAGGGUGUUCACUGACCUACUCGCGGCAUACCGUCUCCAAGUCGUUGCACGAAGUACAGAGGCUGACGAAAAGUCUCUCUUGCUUCAGCUCCCAUCGGUCACAUUUGUCCCAUCCUCGAUACACACUGCUUGUAUACAAGGAACGCGUCAGAUCGUUCUUGAGACUAUCUCCCAAUGGGCUGAUGAUGAUGAGCCGGGGAAACCAAUAUUUUGGCUAUGCGAUGUAGCAGGUUCUGGCAAAUCCUCUGUUGCAAUGUCCGCAUCAGAAUCUUGGAGAACGAGGAAAAUGCUCGGGGGGCAGUUCUUCUUUUCGAUGGGCGACAGCGAAGCGUCGAAUACGGAAAGGUUUUGCUCAACUAUGGCCAGGGAACUCGCCUAUCACAUACCUGAACUCGCACCUCACAUUGCCAAAGCUAUCAAGGGCAAUCCGGCUAUCAUGCGAAGUUCAUUUGAUGAACAGUUUCGCGCCUUCGUCAUCGGUCCACUCCAAUAUCAGCAAAAGCGCGUGGUCCUAGUCAUUGACGCUAUCGACGAAUGCAAGUCCGGAUCGCAGCGGAAGGUACUUCUCGAGAUGCUUGCUACAGCUACCCGAGAGAAUCGAAACCUCAGGAUUUUCAUUACAGGUCGACCCGACCCUGUCACUGAAGCAGUUUUGCAGUCGCUAUCGAUUGCGGCAAAGAUGGAAAACCGCCUCCACGAUAUCAAAUACCAGGAUAACUUCGACGAUAUUGCAUUAUAUGUGCAUCAGAGGUUAGACGGUGUCCUACCCAAGGAAAAAAGGCAACGACUAAUCGAGAAGGCAAACGGGGGCUUCAUUCGAGCGGCCACUGUGUGCCGAAUGCUCACCGAAGAUACCAACAUGAAUUCACCCGAGAAUAUAUACGAUCACUUGAUCUCAUUGGAGUGGGAUGGGCCUAUGGAAGACCUCCGGGGUCCCUUCUUCCAGCGCAUAGGUUCUAAAGACACCGAAUCACGGAUUCAAGAGCAGCAACUCGAGCCUAUCUCGAUCUCUAUCCAAGAGGGUCCAUUGGAGCAACUGAUGCGACUUCGACCGCCUCUAGAUCUUACGGGUGAAGUGAGCUUGGAUUCCACAACAAAACUGCUACGAAGCGGCAGCUAUGCGAAUGUAUACCCUGUUGAAUAUCUUGGAGAAAAGGUUGCUAUCAAGGUCCUAAAGUUUCGCAGGAGUAAGAACCAAAAAAAACCAAAUCGCCAUGAGGAACUUUUGACACGCCGCACUGAUCGCGAGAUUAAAGUGUGGGCAGCAUUAUCUCAUCCUCAUAUUCUGCCCUUUCUUGGAUUCACAACAAAUCAUGGCGACUUUUGUUCUAUGUGGUGUGAACACGGGCACGCGGAAGCCUACUUGACAACCCAGGAGUCGGUAUCAUUAGCAGAACGUUUAAGACUAACGCGGCAAGUGGCGUCGGGAUUGCAAUAUUUACACGGACUCAAAAUCAUCCAUGGCGAUCUUAAGCCCAAAAACAUUCUUAUCGACGACCAGUGCAAUGCACUUCUCGCUGAUUUUGGUCUUGUAGGCUUAGAGGACGGAUGGGGGCCUCGUGGGAUGACAACACCUUCUGCGUACAUGGGUACAGAGAUAUAUAUGGCUCCAGAGGUGUUUGACAACGAGAGCGCAAAGGCGACGAAGGAAAGUGAUAUUUGGGCUUUUGGGUGCGUGGCACUGGAGUUUGUAGAGGAGGUGGAGCCAUACCGAAACGUUAUUAAGCGCGUCGACUUAAAAGAGGCUCUUUUUUGUGGACAGAAACCAGCGACACAAGGCGAUGGGGCAAAUGUAUCCGCUGGUGUCGAAUCCCCUUUCUGGAAUCUCCUCAAUGCCUGUUGGGACUACGAUCCCUGGGUGCGGCCUAGCAUAGAGGAUAUCGUGGUGUGUCUAGACGCCAUCGCAAAGAAUCAUGAAUCUUCAACGCCGGAAGAGGUUAAAGGAGGAAUUGAAGGGUUAUCUUAUUCUUGA